GAUUCUGGCCACAGCGGGAGCUCACAUGAACAUCCCAGUGGACCUGCGGACCUUGCGGGCCGUCCGCGUGCUCAGACCCCUCAAACUUGUCUCUGGAAUCCCAAGUGAGUAGCUUACACCACCAGAUGUACUGGGUGUCCAUGGAUCUGCUCUGCCUAUCUAAAUCUAUACCAGUGGAGGCUGGUGGGAGGAACUAAAGGAGGAUGGGCUCAUUAUAAUGGCUGGAAUGGAAUAAAUGGAAGAGUCAAACAUGUGGUUUCCAUAUUUGUUUGAUGUGUUUGAUACCAUUCCAUUUAUUCCAUUCCAGCCAUUAGGAUGAGCCCAUCCUCCUAAAGCUCUUCCCACCAGCCUCCACUGAUCUAUACAGUACACAUAUAGGUAUCUGCACUGGUUCUGCUGGUGUUUGCUGGACCCCUGUCUAACCUCAUUUUGGAGUCUGUAAAGUUAGUCCCUAAUUAGUUAUUUUGUUGGCAGACCAUAUCUGAGCAGCAAGCAGAUGCAGUAGCGUCACACUCCCAAAAGGAGGACAGGCAACAAUGUCUUAGGGGGACUGUUGUGUUAGCCAAAGUGAGAGUGCUGACAGUAUCUCCUUGAAGUGGUUCCCACACUUACCAUCUAUAAUUAUUUUGUGCUGUGUAUCAUUGUUGGCACUUACGACACAUGACGGUUGUCUCUCUCUCUAUCUUUCUGUGUGUGACCAGGCCUGCAGAUAGUCCUGAAAUCCAUCAUGAAAGCCAUGGUGCCGCUGCUCCAGAUCGGCCUGCUGCUCUUCUUCGCCAUUCUUAUGUUUGCCAUCAUCGGCCUGGAGUUCUACAGCGGGAAGCUCCACAACACCUGUCUGCCCAUGCCCAAUAUCCUGGGUAAGACAGAAUAUGCGUCCCAAAUAGCCACCCUAUUCCUUUUGUAGUGCACUACUUUUGACCAGGGAAUAGAUAGGGUAUAGAGUACCUUUGGGACAUACCCAGACAGAGAAAGGGCACUUUGAGCUCUAAGCCUUAAAGAGAUGCCAUCAAGUCUACAAUAAUCCAGGACCACACUGCUCUGCAUAUCAAUUCGGGUUGGUUCUGUAGCAGUUGGUGUCCCUUUAUGAGGUUGAAUCUGUUGUAUUCAGUGUAUUUAUACCUUUACUUUGCUUAUAGCCUAUGCUUGCAUUGAACACCUAGCUACAUUUAAUAUUUUUAAACACCAACAGGAGGUUAGUAUCGUGCUGUGAUCCUUAGCUCUGUUACAUGUAAACAUGUAGGAUAAGUCAUCAUAAACAUCCUUCAAGCUGAUCAUUUAUCAGCAAGCUUAUACUGCGCCUACACAACAAGUGGAUUAUUAUUUUCUGUGAGGCUUCCUCAGCUGUAACAAAAGACUAUACAAACGUCCUGGGAGUGCUCUCUGUCAGUGGUCAGGCUGACAAUAGCUGUGUUACACAACAGACCUGAAACACACAGUACCAAUCCUGGCUGCACCUGUAAAUGUAACCACAGCCAACAUGACUGACUAGGUAAUUAAACCCCACAAUAUAGCAGCUCAAUACCUCAACUAAUUGUAAAGUCGUAGAUGUUAUUGCCUCGCUGCAUGGAUCAUGUUAUAGUAAAGUGGGUUACACAGUUCUAUUCACACAGAUGUUUAUCUCCUGAACAGAAUUUGUUAUUCAGGUAGUGUGGGCUUUUAACAAGCUUACUGGGGGAUUUGUUCCUUCAGUUUUUCACAUGAUAGGAAUUUCGUUGUCACAGAUAGAGAAGAUGAUGAAAUUAGAUGUCCUCUCAAAAUGUCAUCUUUAAAACAGAUUGUCCUUACCUUCAGCUUAUCUUUUGUUGAAGGUUCAAUAUCACUCACAGUUUGACUUGGUUAUGAAAAUGUCCUAUGAUGUCUUCCAUUGACAGAGUGUAGGGUGUUCACUCACUGCUGUACAAUGUAGAGAAAAAUGGGGCAAUUCAAGAGGGUGCCACGAAAUGAAUGUCAAAACAUAGAUGUCUUUGCCCUAUGUCAUUAUAAAUUACAUAUAAUUAAUCAUUAGAUUGUUCUCUACAAUAUUAUAACCGUAAUAGACUUGUACUUGACAGUUUUGAUGAAAUAAGAACGUUCAUUUGCUGUGAUCGUUGCUAGUUUAGACUGCGCUGUUUCCACUGGUUGGACCGAUCAAAAUCAACUUGAUACCUUCAUCAUUUCACCUCCAGAUCCUUGGCUUUCAUUGCCUAUAUUGGUGAUCAAUCUACGUUGAGAGGGGCUGUUUCUAUGGCGAUUUAAAGGGAAAGACUCAGAAAUGCACAGUGAAAACAGGAACAGAUUGUCUUCGCGGAUGGUGGAUAUAGAAAUGUAGUCUGUUAACUUUGUAAAUAAAUAUAUAUUUAGUCCCUAUUUAGUUUUGUAUUCAGUGGAUUUCAUUUAGAAAAAGCCCAUGUUUUCACUCACGAACCUGUAGCCACUAGUUAGCUUGUCAGUUGAUGUUCGAAGUUAGCUCCGUUCUGCCGCGUAGCAGCAGCACAGAGUUCUAUUGAGCAGUGACCACUUUUUGAUCAUGCCUGUGAUGACAUUCCAUUCCCUCUAAUCAUGCUAAAUUCUCAGAGCAAAUCAUCUGUAAAUUUUUAACUACACAGUAUUGUAAGGGUUGGUGUGAGGUGUGACCCAGGUGCGGUGUAGGAAAGACAGUAGGCAGAGAUGGUGAAACAAGGAUCAUUACUGGUGGUCCCAAAACCAGGAUACAAAAUAACGGAGGAGCAAAUUGGUCUCCAAAAACAGGCUGACAGCAAACAUACGAGAUACUAACUAUGACUGAAAACAACAAUGAAACAGGGAGAACAUAUACGUCUCGCGAUCAGACACUGAUUAGUACUGUUUGGCAUCGAGAACUAGCAGAGAAAACAGAGCAAGGGAACACAGGGAAGUGAGGGCAUAAAUACACAGGUGAACAGGUAGACACAGGUGACACCAAUAAGAUAAUGAUUAGUCCAGACUGUGAAUGAGGAGGUGCCUAAGGUUGUCGGAGGAUGACACCUAGUGGGUCGCUCCAGAACUGCGACCCCCUCCUGUUACACAGUAUAAGGAAGAGACAUGGGGUUUGGACUAUUGUUUUCUAUUGAAUGGACAUAUUUAUAUAAACCUUGAAUUAAUUAAUCAUUUUAUGGGUGAACACACUACAGACUGUCUCAGUUGUUUGCUAUAGUAAAGAGUUAUAUAUCAUACAUUCUAGUAUUCCUUUACUACAGUACCCAAUAUACUGUUAUGUUUCAGAUGAUGUCAUCAUAAAGGUUAUGUGGGGAUCACACUGUAUGAGGGGACCUUAUUUACCCCCUAUUGGCUUUAGAGUGCUGAUUUAUUAUAAUCACACAUUGCACAAAUCAAAUAGCAUAUUAUUAGCGUCAUCUUUCACAAGGGUUCAGGAAAGGACUUUCACACAGAGAGCUGCUGCUGCUCACUUCAUUGAUCGAGUCAUGCAUUACAUUAUAAUCAUCAUAUUUUGCUACUUAUUCAUCUCCAGUAGACGCAAGUAAUUUCUCAGAAUUGAGACAUUUCUCUGAAGUCAUCCCAUCUCUCAUGGGAAAAACACGUUUAGUUAGACUGAUUUCUGUAUUGCAUCCUUUAAAACAAUAUUUAACCUAGCCUACAGAUCCUUUAGUGGACUCUGACUAUGGACAAUAUGAACCAGUUGAGGAAGUUUAUUCUCUCUUGUCCCUCUGCCAGAGAAUGAGACGGUGGACAAGUCUGAGUCAGAGUUCCCGUGUGGGGUGAGGAAGUGCCCUGACAAGUACGCCUGCCGUGACACCUGGAUCGGCCCCAACGAUGGCAUCACCCAGUUUGAUAACAUCCUGUUUGCUGUGCUCACCGUCUUCCAGUGCAUCACCAUGGAGGGCUGGACCACCGUGCUCUAC